GGCACUCUGCAGAGCCACAGACACAAAGAGGCACAACAGUUCAGCCAUGGGUGGAGGAGAGUCAACACCUGCUGAUCCUCCUAAAACUUUGAUUAAAGAGUGGAUGAAAAUACAAUGGAGCCAAAAACAGGAGGACCUGCAGUUUGUGAAGGAUUAUCAGCCUCAUAACAAAGACGUCAAACAGCUCAGAGUUCUGCUUCAUGGAUCUACUGGUGCUGGAAAGUCCAGCUUCAUCAACUCUGUCGACAGUGUUUUACGAGGAAGAAUCACUGGUCGAGCUUUGACAGAUACAAACUCCUCAAAAACGUUCACCAUGAAACGCCGAACCUUCAAAAUUGACAAAGGAGGACCAGGGACAUUUUACCCUUUUGUCUUCACUGACCUCAUGGGCAUCGAGGGGUCAGAAAAACAAGCAAUUUGUGUGGAAGACAUCAAACUGGACAUGAAGGGACACAUAAAAGACGGUUACAAGUUCAAUCCGUGCUCUGAAAUAUCAGAGAAUGAUCCAAACUACAACAAGAGCCCCACCCUGGAGGACAAAGUUCAUGUUCUGGUUUGUAUCAUCGAUGCCAGCAGAGCAAGUCUACUAAGUAAUGAAUCUAAGAAAAAGAUGAGGGAGGUCAGACUUGCAGCUAGCAGAUUGGGGAUUCCUGAAGUGGUUGUUCUCACCAAAAUUGAUGAAGCUUGUGCAGAGGUCCGCUCCGAUGUAAAGAACGUGUGUAAGAGCAAGUACAUAAAGGAAACGGUGGACAAAAUCAGUGUGGACCUGGGCCUUCAACCAAACUGCAUCUUUCCUGUGAAGAAUUACAACACAGAGAUGGAAACAAAUGAUGAGAUCAAUUCACUGAUCCUGAGCGCAAUGAAACGGAUCAUUGACUUUGGAGAAGACUUUGUCAACGAGCUGCAGGCCUAAAAUACUGCUUCAAAAAAAGUCUCCAUGUAGUAAUAUGAUUAUAUUAAAUGGGACUUUUUUCAGUUCUAAAGCUCUAAAUGGUCUUAGCUCUAAUAAACAAUUAAAAUAAGUAUGUUAGGCUGUAUCACCCUCACCACGCUUUAGUUUUUGUAUUAUUA